AUGUAUGCCGGGCGGAGAGGGUCGCCGUCGGCCCCGCUUACAGUGCCAUCCAGCUCUCAGGUGAGACGUCCCAAAGUCACCCAGAUUCGUACGCCCAAUGCCCCAGUUCUGCCCAAAACAGAUGAGGCCCAAACGCCGUCGAGAACAUUCAACGGCGACAAAUGUAGCCGAAAGAGCAAAAUCUCUUCAAACUGGGACACUUCAACCCUCGAAGCCAAGAAAGAAGAAGAAGAAGAAGAAGAAGAAGAAGAAGAAGAAGAAGAAGAAGAAGAAGAAGAAUCCUUACCUGCAGCUUCAAAGGUUCAUCGUCUCAGCUUCUCACCAACAAACUGUCACAUGCACAAACACUACAACCACCGCUGA